CAUUUCCGGGAUGUUUAGUGUGCUAGCUAACAUCCGCCAUUGCAGAUCGAGGGAGUCGGUGUAGCCGCGGUUAGCUCGGGGAAGCUCGCAAGUAUAGUGCCAAGUGACGAUUGUUAAAAACACCACCACACCGACAACACUCUCAUUCGGAGCGGUAGAAGUCAAGCUGAGAGGUUCCCUGGCUGUCUGGCUAGGAUCUGAGAGAGGCCGUAGUUUGUUAGCUCUCAGAAGAAACCGGAGGAGAUUGAACGGAACCGCCAUGGCUCAGAUCCUGCCUAUUCGAUUUCAGGAGCACCUGCAGCUCCAAAACCUGGGCAUCAACCCUGCCAACAUAGGCUUCAGCACCCUAACCAUGGAGUCGGAUAAAUUCAUCUGCAUCCGUGAGAAAGUUGGCGAACAGUCCCAGGUUGUGAUCAUUGACAUGGCUGAUCCCAACACACCCAUCCGCAGGCCUAUCUCAGCCGAUAGUGCCAUCAUGAACCCAGCCAGCAAGGUCAUUGCACUUAAAGCCGCCAAAACCCUUCAGAUUUUCAACAUUGAGAUGAAGAGCAAAAUGAAGGCUCAUACCAUGACUGAUGACGUUACCUUUUGGAAGUGGAUCUCCCUUAAUACAGUUGCACUUGUGACUGAUACCGCUGUCUACCAUUGGAGUAUGGAGGGAGACUCCCAGCCUGUCAAAGUCUUUGACCGACACUCCAGUCUGGCAGGCUGCCAGAUUAUCAACUACCGCACUGAUGCCAAGCAGAAGUGGCUCCUUCUAAUUGGUAUCUCAGCACAGCAAAAUCGUGUGGUGGGAGCCAUGCAGUUGUACUCAGUGGAUAGAAAGGUUUCCCAGCCGAUUGAAGGGCAUGCAGCCAGCUUUGCCCAGUUCAAGAUGGAGGGGAAUGCUGAGGAGUCCACCCUCUUCUGCUUUGCUGUCAGAGGCCAGGCUGGUGGGAAGUUGCACAUUAUUGAAGUGGGAACGCCACCAACUGGCAACCAGCCAUUCCCUAAGAAAGCAGUGGAUGUGUUCUUCCCCCCAGAAGCCCAAAAUGAUUUUCCUGUCGCUAUGCAGAUAAGCUCAAAGCAGGAUGUGGUUUUCCUCAUCACCAAAUAUGGCUAUGUUCACUUGUAUGACUUGGAAACCGGCACCUGCAUCUACAUGAACCGCAUAAGUGGAGAGACCAUCUUUGUCACUGCUCCUCACGAGGCCACCUCCGGCAUCAUCGGCGUCAACAGGAAAGGGCAGGUGCUGUCAGUGUGCGUGGAGGAAGAAAACAUCAUACCAUACAUCACUAAUGUGCUGCAAAAUCCAGAUCUAGCUCUACGCUUAGCUGUCCGCAACAACCUGGCUGGUGGUGAAGAGCUCUUUGCUCGCAAGUUUAACAACCUGUUUGCAGCGGGCAACUACUCAGAGGCUGCCAAGGUGGCUGCCAAUGCACCAAAGGGUAUCUUGCGAACACCAGACACCAUCCGUCGGUUCCAGAGCGUGCCUACUCAACCGGGCCAGACUUCCCCCUUGCUGCAGUACUUUGGGAUUUUAUUGGACCAGGGCCAGCUAAACAAGUUUGAAUCCCUGGAGCUUUGCAGGCCUGUUCUCCAGCAGGGGAGAAAGCAGCUCCUGGAGAAGUGGCUGAAGGAAGACAAGUUGGAGUGCUCAGAGGAGCUGGGAGACCUGGUAAAGGCAGUAGACCCUACUCUGGCACUUAGUGUCUACCUGAGGGCCAAUGUACCCAACAAAGUAAUACAGUGUUUUGCAGAGACUGGUCAGUUCCCCAAGAUUGUCCUUUAUGCCAAAAAGGUGGGCUACACUCCAGACUGGAUCUUUCUUCUCAGGAAUGUAAUGAGGAUUAACCCAGAACAGGGUCUACAGUUUGCCCAGAUGCUGGUGCAGGAUGAAGAGCCCUUGGCUGACAUCACACAGAUUGUGGAUGUAUUCAUGGAAUACAACCUGAUCCAGCAGUGCACUUCAUUCCUGCUGGAUGCCCUGAAGAACAACAGACCAUCAGAGGGACCUCUGCAGACCCGCCUGCUAGAGAUGAACCUUAUGCAUGCUCCCCAGGUUGCUGAUGCCAUUCUGGGCAAUCAAAUGUUUACCAACUAUGACCGUGCACACAUUGCCCAACUUUGUGAGAAGGCCGGACUGCUGCAAAGGGCAUUGGAGCACUACACUGACCUGUAUGACAUCAAGCGUGCUGUGGUGCACACUCAUCUUCUCAACCCCGAGUGGCUGGUGAACUUCUUUGGCUCGUUGUCUGUGGAAGACUCUCUGGAGUGCCUUAGGGCCAUGCUGUCAGCCAACAUCCGCCAGAACCUGCAAAUAUGUGUGCAGGUGGCCUCUAAGUACCACGAACAGCUCAGCACCCAGUCUCUCACUGAGCUCUUUGAAUCAUUCAAGAGCUUUGAAGGUCUUUUCUACUUUUUGGGCUCAAUCGUCAACUUCAGCCAGGACCCUGAAGUUCACUUCAAGUACAUCCAGGCUGCCUGCAAAACAGGCCAGAUCAAGGAAGUGGAGCGAAUCUGUCGUGAGAGCAACUGUUAUGAUCCUGAGCGUGUCAAGAACUUCCUGAAGGAAGCUAAACUGACUGACCAGCUGCCGCUCAUCAUCGUCUGUGACCGUUUUGACUUUGUCCAUGACCUCGUCCUCUACUUGUACCGCAACAACCUGCAGAAAUACAUUGAGAUCUAUGUUCAGAAGGUGAAUCCAAGUCGUCUACCUGUUGUGGUUGGUGGUCUCUUAGAUGUGGACUGCUCAGAAGAUGUCAUUAAGAGCCUCAUUCUGGUUGUUAGGGGACAGUUUUCAACAGAUGAAUUGGUGGCUGAAGUGGAAAAAAGGAACAGGCUGAAGCUGCUGUUGCCGUGGCUGGAGUCCCGCAUACAUGAAGGCUGUGAGGAACCGGCUACCCACAAUGCCCUGGCCAAGAUCUACAUUGACAGCAACAACAACCCUGAACGCUUCUUGAGGGAAAACCCGUUCUAUGACAGCCGUGUAGUCGGCAAGUACUGCGAAAAGCGAGACCCACACUUGGCCUGUGUGGCAUAUGAGAGGGGACAGUGUGACCAGGAGCUUAUCAAUGUCUGCAAUGAGAACUCGCUGUUUAAGAGCUUGUCUCGUUACCUUGUUCGUCGCAAAGAUCCUGAACUGUGGGCCAGCGUGCUGCUAGAGACCAACCCUUACAGACGACCACUCAUUGAUCAGGUGGUGCAGACAGCACUUUCAGAGACUCAGGACCCAGAAGAGGUGUCGGUCACAGUGAAGGCCUUCAUGACUGCAGAUUUACCAAAUGAGCUCAUUGAGUUGCUGGAGAAGAUUGUGUUAGAUAACUCUGUCUUCAGUGAACACAGAAAUCUACAGAAUCUGUUGAUUCUAACGGCGAUCAAAGCUGACCGCACCCGUGUGAUGGAGUACAUCAACAGACUUGACAACUACGAUGCUCCAGAUAUUGCAAACAUCGCUAUCAGCAAUGAGCUAUUUGAAGAGGCCUUUGCCAUCUUUAAAAAGUUUGACGUCAACACAUCUGCAGUGCAGGUGCUGAUUGAACACAUUAGCAACUUGGACCGAGCAUAUGAGUUUGCAGAGCGCUGCAAUGAACCCGCUGUGUGGAGCCAACUUGCCAAGGCUCAACUGCAAAAGGGACUUGUCAAAGAGGCCAUAGACUCUUACAUUAAAGCCGACGACCCCUCUGCAUACAUGGAGGUGGUGCAGGCUGCUGAUAAGAGUGGUAACUGGGAGGACUUGGUCAAAUUCCUCCAAAUGGCCCGUAAGAAGGCCCGUGAGUCCUACGUGGAGACGGAGCUGAUCUUUGCUUUGGCAAAGACUAAUCGUCUGGCUGAACUGGAAGAGUUCAUCAACGGACCCAACAACGCUCACAUUCAGCAGGUUGGCGACCGCUGCUAUGAUGAGAAAAUGUACGAUGCCGCUAAGCUGUUGUACAACAAUGUCUCUAACUUUGGUCGCCUGGCUUCAACUCUCGUGCACCUGGGAGAAUACCAGGCUGCCGUGGAUGGUGCCCGCAAGGCCAACAGCACGCGUACAUGGAAGGAAGUCUGCUUCGCCUGUGUAGAUGGACAGGAAUUCCGACUGGCUCAGAUGUGCGGCCUCCACAUUGUGGUGCACGCUGAUGAGCUGGAAGAGCUCAUCAAUUACUACCAAGACCGCGGAUAUUUUGAGGAGCUGAUCAUGAUGUUGGAGGCUGCUCUGGGCCUGGAGCGUGCUCACAUGGGCAUGUUCACAGAGCUUGCCAUACUUUACUCCAAGUUCAAACCCCAGAAGAUGCGAGAACACCUGGAACUGUUCUGGUCCAGGGUCAACAUCCCCAAAGUCUUGAGAGCAGCGGAACAAGCGCACCUGUGGGCCGAGCUGGUUUUUCUGUACGACAAGUACGAGGAGUUUGACAACGCCAUUAUCACCAUGAUGAAUCACCCAACAGACGCCUGGAAGGAAGGACAGUUCAAGGACAUCAUAACUAAGGUGGCCAAUGUUGAGCUGUACUACAAAGCCAUCCAAUUCUAUUUGGAGUUCAAACCCUUGUUACUGAACGAUCUUCUUAUAGUGCUGUCUCCACGACUGGACCACUCUCGUGCGGUCAACUUUUUUAGCAAGGUGAAACAGCUGCCACUGGUGAAGCCCUACCUGCGUUCAGUGCAGAACCACAACAACAAGUCUGUCAAUGAAGCACUUAACAACCUCUUCAUCACAGAAGAGGACUAUCAGGCUCUGAGGACAUCCAUAGAUGCCUAUGACAACUUCGACAACAUCUCACUGGCACAGCGUUUGGAGAAGCAUGAGCUGAUUGAGUUCAGAAGAAUUGCUGCAUAUCUCUUUAAGGGCAACAACCGCUGGAAACAGAGUGUGGAACUUUGUAAGAAGGACAAGCUCUACAAGGAUGCCAUGCAGUACGCAUCAGAGUCUAAGGACACAGAGCUGGCUGAGGAGCUGCUGUCGUGGUUCCUGCAGGAGAACAAGAAGGAGUGUUUUGCUGCCUGCUUGUUCUCCUGCUAUGACCUGUUGCGGCCCGACGUGGUGCUGGAGACUUCGUGGAGACACAACAUCAUGGACUUUUCCAUGCCGUACUUCAUCCAGGUUAUGAGAGAAUACCUCAGUAAGGUGGACAAGCUUGAAACCUCUGAGUCGCUAAGGAAAGAAGAGGAGCAAGCAACAGAGACACAACCUAUUGUCUACGGCACGCCCCAGCUGAUGCUGACAGCAGGCCCCAGUGUACCCGUACCGCCUCAACAAGCGUAUGGAUAUGGCUACCAGGCACCUGCAGCUUACGGUCAGCCCGCCGCUGCGCCAGGCUUUGGUUACGGCAUGUAAAGAAUCUCUUAGCUUUCCUCCACAGGCAGGCUGGAGCUAGCAUCCAUCCACAGUGCUUCACCAUACCCUUGUCUGUCUCUGCCCCUACAUGAGCACAAACUAGGGAUCAUAUGAAAACCUUCCUUUUUGUUUCUACUUUUCUCCCUUAAAGCUUUCAUGAA